UCUUUCUCCUUAAGGAUGCCAUUAUUAGAGACCAUUUAAACCUACCAGUUUCAUUUUUGUCUUUUGGAGGAGAUUUGGGGUUUCAGCCAGCCAGCCCUGGUGGCUAUAGGGACAGGCUUUCAAUAUUCAGAAUCACUUUUGCAUGGAGCACAAAGAUGACGAUGAUGAAGAUGUAUCUUUUGCCAAAUGGAUGAGCAGCUUCUGGGGGCACAGCUGGAGAGAGGAGGACGAGAGAAGACUUCGGGAACGCCACCGACCACAAGAGUCCAGUUACAGGAAAACCUCCCUGCCUUGCCCAUUUCCUGGGCUUCCCAAAUUUACAUCAUCUGACAACCACCCUAGAAGGCAUUCUCAUGAGGACCAGAAAUCCCAAAGCCAUCCUCAUUUGCGGUAUUACAGAAAAUACUCAAUGGAUGGGUCAUCCAGGGAAACACUGGAAUCAAAAAAACAAUCUCACUCCCAUAUUCAGGAAUUUUCAGAGUCCUUUGAACAGCAACUGCACUUUAAAGCCAAACAUUCUGUCACUUUGGGACCUGAGCGCAGAAAGGAGAAAAAUGAAGGAGAAUGCCUGAAGGUGGAGAUGAAGACGUCUCAGAAAGUGGAGGAAAGGAGAUUGGCAGAAGAAGAACACCCAGAAACAUACCUGCCACCCCUGGCUGAGAAAGGACCAGAAUAGUAGUUUGUUUCUACAUCACAAUGAUACGUGCCAUUGGUAGUCUUGAGCC